AUGCAUGCUAGAUGGUUUCUUUACCUUGAGCGAUUUACCUUUGUGAUCAAGCACAAGGCCGGCAAAACUAAAAAGGUAGCCAACACUCUUAGCCAAAAACCAAACUUCCUUACUAACGGAAAACCAGAUCUUAUUCACACGUUGGCAACUGAGCUAAUCAGCUUGGAGAGCUUACGGGAUCAAUAUGAAGGCGACAAGGACUUCGGUGAGAUUUGGGAGAAGUGCUUGCGGGGACUCCACGUGGGGGACUACCAUGCCCACCAGGGGUAUCUAUUUAAAAGGAGCUGGCUUUGCAUUCCACAUUCUUCUCUCCAGGAGCUUCUGAUUCAGGAAUUACACGCUGGUAGGCUAGCUGCUCACCGGGGGCACGAUCACACUAUUGAACUCCUCCUGGAGAGGUUCUUUUGGGCUCGAAUGCAUCAGGAUAUUGACUCAUUUGUUCGGCAGUGGGGCACUUGUCAACGGGCUAAGGGUCAAGCUCAAAACACAGGGUUGUACGUGCCUCUUCCUAUUCCGAAAACAUUUGGGAGGACCUAA